AUGAGAGAACACCAGAACUUUAAACAAGAAACAACAAUUGAAUUCAAUGCAAAUGUAGUUGGUUGGGGUUUCCCAUAUUUUGUUCCUCUUAGCAAUAUAGGAGAUCCUAAAGAAAAUUAUCUUGUGGACGAUACUCUUCUAAUAGAAGCUGAAAUUACUGUCAGCAAUGUUAUGCAUCCUUCAGUAUCAGUCGAGACAAAAGAACCUGAACAACAAAGCAUCCAGGCACCACCACCUCCUCCAGUCAUCGCUAAGGAAAAGGAACUUCCAAAGGAUCCCUCGGUUGAGUCUAAAGAAUCCUCCCAAGAUGUGCUAACAAAAUCUAAGAGUCUCCUAACAGAGCUUUCAAGCAGAACUACAACCCAAAGAUCAUCUUCAACUGAUGAUAUUUCAGUUUCACCUCAGCCUGAUAAUUUGCAGCAAGAAAAUGAAGCAUUGGCAGGAUUCUUUAACAUGUCAUUAGAGGCAAUCCAACAGGCUAACGUCUUUGGCAAUAUUGAAGAAAUAAUCCGUACACUUAUUCCAAAUACAAACGAUUUGCAAAAGAAAACAGUUCUUGAAGAUCUUGCCUCUCGAUUAAAAGAGUUUCAAGAAAUAAUCCCUACUGCUAAAGCCACUGUAGAAGCAGCUGAGAAUCGUAGGAAAUCUCUUCUGGAGAAAACAACAAAGCUUGAUUCAAAAUUAGCAGAAAGUCGAGAGAAACUUCGUUCCUUGGAUUCUGAGCUCUCAAAGAUUUCAAAUGAAGUGAAGAAAAUUGAGACUGAAAUUCAAUGGUUAACUGCUCAGAAAGAGAAGCUUCUCGUCGAAAAGAAAAAUGUUGUUGCUCAGGUGGAGAAAGCUAAUCCAGAAGCAUUAAAAGACUUGGAAGAAUGGAAAAAGCUUGAAGAGGAAAUGAAGCAAGCUAAUGCUGAGUGGGUUGGAGCAAAAGAGAAAUCAGCAUUAGCUAAUGAAAAUGAAGCCAAGCUAAUGCUGAGUGGGUUGGAGCAAAAAGAGACAAUCAGCAUUAGAACUAAAUUCGUUGGAGAAACUUCACAAAGGGAGGAGUUAGGUGUCUUUGAAAAUGCUUAA